AGCCCUCCCCCGGGAACCUCCGGGCGGAGAGGCUCCGCCCGCCCUGAGCGCGGCCUCCGCAUGGAGGGGCGGCCGCCACCGGGGUCGGGGCGGCUCUCGCCGCCGCUGCAGGGAGGCGGAGCCGCUGCGGUUCCGGAACCCGGAGCCCGGCAACACCCGGGACGCGAGACGGCGGCGCAGCGGUACAGUGCCCGCCUGCUGCAGGCCGGCUACGAGCCCGAGAGCGAUUUCCUGAUCCUCCCUGGCUUCAUCGACUUCAUAGCCGAUGAGGUGGACCUGACGUCAGCCCUGACUCGGAAGAUCACACUGAAGACGCCACUCAUCUCCUCGCCCAUGGACACCGUGACGGAGGCCGACAUGGCCAUUGCGAUGGCGCUGAUGGGAGGUAUUGGUUUCAUCCACCACAACUGCACCCCGGAGUUCCAGGCCAACGAGGUGCGGAAGGUCAAGAAGUUUGAACAGGGCUUCAUCACGGACCCUGUGGUGCUGAGCCCCUCACACGCUGUGGGCGACGUACUGGAGGCCAAGAUCCGGCAUGGCUUCUCUGGCAUCCCCAUCACGGAGACUGGCACCAUGGGCAGCCAGCUGGUGGGCAUCGUCACCUCCCGAGAUAUCGACUUCCUCGCCGAGAAGGACCACACCAUCCUCCUUAGUGAGGUGAUGACGCCGCGGAACGAGCUGGUGGUGGCUCCAGCGGGCGUGACAUUGAAAGAGGCAAAUGAGAUUCUGCAGCGCAGCAAGAAAGGGAAGCUGCCCAUUGUCAAUGACCACGACGAGCUAGUGGCCAUCAUUGCCCGCACUGACCUGAAGAAGAACCGGGACUACCCUCUGGCCUCCAAGGACUCCCACAAACAGCUGCUGUGCGGGGCAGCUGUGGGCACCCGUGAGGAUGACAAGUACCGCCUGGACCUGCUCACCCAGGCGGGUGCUGACGUCGUAGUGCUGGACUCAUCCCAAGGGAACUCAGUGUAUCAGAUUGCCAUGGUGCACUACAUCAAGCAGAAGUACCCCCAACUCCAGGUGAUUGGUGGGAAUGUGGUGACGGCAGCUCAGGCCAAGAACCUGAUUGACGCCGGUGUGGACGGGCUGCGUGUGGGCAUGGGCUGCGGCUCCAUCUGCAUCACCCAAGAAGUGAUGGCCUGCGGCCGGCCCCAGGGCACUGCUGUGUACAAGGUGGCUGAGUACGCCCGGCGCUUUGGUGUACCAGUCAUAGCCGAUGGCGGUAUCCAGACUGUGGGCCAUGUGGUCAAGGCCCUGGCCCUUGGAGCCUCCACAGUGAUGAUGGGCUCCCUGCUGGCUGCCACUACGGAGGCCCCUGGCGAGUACUUCUUCUCGGAUGGGGUGCGGCUCAAGAAGUACCGGGGCAUGGGCUCGCUGGAUGCCAUGGAGAAGAGCAGCAGCAGCCAGAAGCGAUACUUCAGUGAGGGGGACAAGGUGAAGAUUGCGCAGGGCGUGUCGGGCUCCAUCCAGGACAAGGGCUCCAUCCAGAAGUUCGUGCCCUACCUCAUCACAGGUAUCCAGCAUGGCUGCCAGGACAUCGGAGCCCGGAGCCUGUCUGUCCUGCGGUCCAUGAUGUACUCAGGAGAGCUCAAGUUUGAGAAGCGGACCAUGUCAGCUCAGAUCGAGGGUGGUGUCCACGGCCUGCACUCGUAAGUGGGUGGCAUCCGCACCGCAGCUGGCUGGGACCGAGCUGGGCAG